AUGACCGUCGACCACAUAAAUCACUUGCAAACACCAGAUGACUACGCUUAUGCCCGCGGUUACGCCACUUGCGAGAUAGCUCGCAUGGAAUCCCCUUUGCUGGCAUUUAUGACCGAGACCUUCUCAUACGCGAUGUCCUGGCAGAGCUGCGCACCGUCUUCUCUUUCCCUUCACCCUUCGAAACCUCCCGGAUUGAUUCACCCCUUAACGACUUGUCUCUAUGGAUAG